GAUCCGACAACGCUCUGUUGGAUCCGGCAACCGUCUUCUGGUCAUUGAAGCUUCAAUUUAUCCAAUUUUACAUCAUUAAUCAUGGCACCGACUUGUCCCCCUCGAGGAGUCUACGCUCCCGUCGUCGCCUUCUUCAACGAAGAUGAGACUCUUGACUUUGGAGCGCUCAAGGCCCACAUCACGCGCCUCGCUAAGGCCGGCGUCGCUGGCUUGGUGAUUCAGGGAUCCAAUGGCGAAGCCCCUCAUUUGUUACAUUCCGAGCGACAAGAAGUCAUUGCUACAGCGUCUUCUGUCCUUAGGGAGAGCGGUAUUCCCGGCGCUGUCAUCAUUGCUGGAUGUGGUGCCCAGAGCACAAGAGAAUCCAUCCAGCUUUGUGAGGAGGCCAAACAGGCUGGAGCUGAUUAUGCUCUCGUCUUGUCCCCCAGCUAUUGGACUGGAGCCAUGCAGAAGCCAGUCAUCUUCAAGUUCUUCGAUGACGUCGCCAAGGCUUCCCCAAUCCCAAUCCUGCUUUACAACUUUCCUGCCGUCACCUCCGGGAUUGAUCUUGACUCCGAUAUCAUCGCUGAGCUGUCAGCCGCCAACGCCAACAUCGUCGGCUGUAAAUUGACCUGCGGAAACCUAGGCAAGCUGCACCGCGUCGCUCAUGAUCAGCGAACGACGAAGCCAUUUGCAGCAUUCGCUGGAAAGUCAGAUUUUUUCUUGCACGGACUCGUCGCUGGCUCAAAUGGCGUGAUUGCUGCGGCGGCGAACUUGGCACCAGCGGUGCAUGUUCACCUCCUCAAGCUGUAUGAUGAGGGUAAGAUCAAGGAGGCCCAGGAUCUUCAAACCCGCCUUAGCCAAGCAGACUGGGUCUUGGUGCAGCUGGGUGUAGCUGGCUUGAAGGCGGCAUUGGAUCGUUACUAUGGCUAUGGUGGAGGGCGAAGCAGAAGGCCGCUGGGUCUGGUCGCCAGUGCCAGGUUUGAGGGUGAAAAGGAUACCAUCUUGAAAGGCUUAGUGGACUUGGAGAACUCCUUGUAAAAAUAAAAUAAAAUAGAUCACUCGAUUAACGGAACCACUGCUUCAUUCCGACAUCCAGUUUACAGUUUUGGAUUGUUUAAAU